AUGCUUGACGGUGGCAGUGAUCCACACAUAUACAGCACAAACAACUUCUUAGGGAGGCAAAUAUGGCAGUUUGAUCCUGAUGCUGGCACCCUUGAAGAACGAGCUGAGGUUGAAGAGGCUCGACAAAAUUUCUGGAAAAACCGAAAUAAGGUCAAGCCCAGCUCUGAUCUCCUUUGGCAGUUCCAGUUUUUAAGAGAGAAAAAGUUCAAGCAAACAAUUCCUCAAGUCAAGGUUGAGGAUGGAGAAGAAAUUUCAUAUGAAAAAGCAACAAGUGCUUUGAGGAGGAGCGUUCAUUUGUUUUCAGCCUUGCAGGCUAGCGAUGGCCAUUGGUGUGCUGAAAAUUCUGGUCCUAUGUUCUAUUUCCCUCCCCUGGUUCAAAUGCUUGAUGGCAUAGAAUUCAGAUGUCACACAUUUGCAAACCAUGUUGUUCUUUACCUCUGCCUUGGAGAGUAG